CAACGAUGCAACCCCUGUUUUUCCCGUAAUCGUUGCCGCUCGAUUCUGCGCCUUAGUUUCGUAUGCGGGGCGGCUCCUAUAUUCCUAUUCAUCUAUCGCCGCGUUACCUCAGGAGUGCAUGAAUGGUGAUUUAACGCGUGCCUAGAAAAAGAACCUUCGUGUUCGGCAGUUGCUGGACGAGUGAAAGAAUUAGGAGGAUAGUGCCUAGUCUCUUAUAAAGCACGAUGGUUACGGAUAGUACGAGUCAGGCUGACGACACGACAGCAUUUCUUCGUGCUGCUCGGUCCGGAAACCUUGAAAAAGUGAUCGAAUUCCUCGAUACCGAUUUAGAUAUUAAUACAGCUAAUUCGAAUGGUUUAAAUGCUUUACAUUUAGCAUCGAAAGAUGGUCAUGUUGAAAUAGUAACGGAAUUAUUAAAAAGAGGCGCUAAAGUGGACGCAGCUACGAAAAAGGGGAACACUGCGUUGCACAUAGCUUCGUUGGCCGGCCAAGUGGAAAUAGUAAAUAUUCUUAUUCAGUAUGGUGCUGCGGUUAAUAUUCAAUCUCAAAAUGGUUUUACACCUUUAUAUAUGGCCGCUCAAGAAAAUCACGAUCAAGUGGUUAAAUUACUGCUCGGCAAUGGAGCCAAUCAGAGUCUUGCUACAGAGGAUGGAUUUACACCUCUCGCAGUAGCGAUGCAACAAGGACACGAUAAAGUCGUCAGCGUUCUUUUAGAGAAUGAUUCUAAAGGAAAAGUUAGACUACCAGCACUUCAUAUCGCGGCUAAGAAAGAUGAUUGCAAAGCUGCGGAUCUGUUAUUACAGAAUGAUCACAAGCCCGAUGUUACGUCAAAAAGUGGUUUCACUCCUUUGCAUAUCGCCGCCCAUUACGGAAACGAAGAGAUAGCACGUUUAUUGAUAAAGCGUGGAGCUGAUGUUAAUUAUUUGGCAAAGCAUAAUAUAAGCCCUUUACACGUAGCGGCGAAGUGGGGUAAAAACAACAUGGUUAAAGUAUUAUUAGAAAAUUCCGCGCAAAUCGAUGCUAAAACUAGGGAUGGUUUAACACCGCUUCAUUGUGCAGCAAGAUCUGGUCAUGAACAAGUGAUUACCACACUUCUUGAACAUUCUGCACCAAUUAGUGCACGAACGAAAAAUGGACUCGCACCGUUACACAUGGCAUCGCAAGGAGAUCAUGUGGAUGCAGCGAGAGUAUUAUUGUAUCACCGAGCGCCAGUGGACGAAGUUACGAUCGAUUAUUUAACGUCUCUUCACGUUGCCGCGCACUGCGGCCACGUUAGAGUCGCGAAACUACUUUUGGAUCGCAAAGCUGAUCCAAAUGCACGCGCUUUAAAUGGCUUCACACCAUUGCAUAUCGCUUGCAAGAAAAAUCGAAUAAAAGUUGUCGAACUCUUAUUAAAACACGGAGCAUCGAUCGAGUCUACUACCGAGUCUGGACUGACUCCAUUACAUGUGGCCAGUUUUAUGGGAUGUAUGAAUAUCGUGAUAUUUCUACUGCAACACGAAGCCAAUCCUGAUGUGCCAACUGUUAGGGGUGAAACACCUCUACAUCUGGCAGCUAGAGCUAAUCAGACAGACAUUAUUCGAAUUUUAUUACGAAACGGAGCCAAAGUCGAUGCUCGUGCAAGGGAACAACAAACACCUCUUCAUAUUGCGUCGCGAUUAAGAAAUAUUGAUAUCGUUAUGUUACUUCUGCAACAUGGUGCAGCAGUUGAUACUACCACGAAAGAUAUGUACACAGCGUUGCAUAUCGCGGCAAAGGAAGGCCAGGAGGAGGUUGCAACUAUUCUCGUGGAAAACAAUGCUUCUCUUAAGGCUACAACUAAAAACGGCUUUACUCCUUUACAUAUCGCGGCUAAAUAUGGCAACAUGAGCGUUGCUAAGAUACUUUUGCAAAGGGAUAGCAAAUUAGACGCGCAAGGAAAGAAUGAUAUUUCUCCUCUGCAUUUGGCAUGUCAUUAUGACCAUCCAAAUGUAGCAAAUCUUUUAUUGGAAAAAGGCGCAUCCCCCCAUUUAGCUUCGCAAAAUGGUCAUACUCCUCUACAUAUCGCUGCUCGUAAAAAUCAGAUGGACAUUGCUUCGACUCUCUUGGAAAAUGGGGCGAAUGCGAACGCGGAAUCAAAAGCAGGAUUCACGCCUCUGCAUUUAAGUGCGCAAAAAGGUCACUAUGAUAUGACGAAUUUGUUGAUUGAACAUGGAGCUGAUCCGAAUCACAAGUCAAAGAACGGUCUCACCGCGUUGCAUCUAUGCGCUCAAGAAGAUUUUAUUAAAGUGGCUUCUAUUCUGGUGAAAAAUGGUGCGAACGUGGAGAGUGAAACGGAAACUGGCUAUCGGCCGAUACACGUCGCCGCACAUUUUGGAAACCUUUCUAUGAUUCGAUUUCUCUUAAAACAUAGUGCAACUAUCGACGUCAAAUCUAAUCAUAAUUACACUCCAUUGCAUCAGGCUGCUCAACAAGGUCAUGCACAUAUUGUUAGCGCUUUAUUGGAAGGAAAUGCUUCGCAUAAAGCACGAACCAACGAUGGACUAACCGCGUUAAACAUAGCUCAAAAAUUAGGAUACAUAUCUGUAAUGGAGGUAUUGAAAGGAUUGUCUUACGAUACAUUGGCACCUGAUAACAAAAAUUGGGACGAGAAGUACAAAGUGAUCGCUCCUGAAAGUCUGCAAGAAACCAGCUUUAUGUCUGAUUCCGAAGACGAAGGAGGGUCGGAUGCGUUGAUCAGCGAGCAGCCGUAUCGAUAUCUUACAGCAGAUUUGAUGAAAAGUUUAAGAGACGAUUCUCUGCCGAUCGAUGUUACACGAGAUGAUCCGAUACACAGACAAGUCACAAAAGAAGAAAAACAGGAUUUCACUCAAAGCAAUAAUUAUUGUCUAGCAGAAAACUUUGAUACUGAUGGAUUUAAUUUGGGCCGACUUCAUUUCAGAUCAUUUUUAGUAAGUUUCUUGGUGGAUGCACGUGGAGGUGCUAUGAAAGGAUGUAGACACAGCGGUGUACGUAUUAUCGUACCACCACGCAGAGCAACGAUGCCAAUUCGCGUUACGUGUAGAUUGAUAAAACCUACUAAAAUUGCGAAUCCUCCUCCUUUGAUGGAAGGAGAGGCUUUAGCAACUCGUAUCAUGGAGAUGGGGCCGGUCGGUGCAACGUUUCUAGGGCCUGUUCUAAUCGAUAUACCCCAUUUCGCAUCCAUUCGAGGCAAAGAGAGGGAAAUCAUUAUUCUCAGAAGUGAAAAUGGAGAAACCUGGAAAGAGCAUGAUAAUUCUGUUGACAACGAUACUACUUUGUUAAAUACUCCAUAUGAUCCUCAAAUGAGCGCUGCUCAUUCUGGUAGAAUCACUCGAAUAAUAACGACAGAUUUUCCCCAAUACUUUGCCAUUAUCACGAGAAUUAAACAGGAAGUUCACGUAAUCGGUGCCGAAGGUGGAAUUUUGACUUCGAGCGUGGCUAACGACGUUCAAGCCGUUUUCCCACCGGGAGCAUUAACGAAGAAGAUCAAGGUCGGAUUACAAGCCCACGUGAUUCCGGCAGAACUUACAGCAAAAUUAUUAGGAAAUUGCGUAGCCGUUUCACCCGUGAUAACGAUCGAGCCGAGAAGACGAAAGUUUCACAAACCGAUUACUCUUACAAUACCCGUACCUCAAGCUGCAAACAAAGGAAUGAUCAAUCAAUACGGCGGUGAAACACCAACGCUACGUCUGUUGUGCAGUAUCGCAGGUGGGACGAGCGAAUCACAAUGGGAAGAUGUUACUGGUUCGACACCGUUAACUUUUAUGAACGACACAGUCUCCUUUACUACGACUGUAUCUGCUCGAUUUUGGCUAAUGGAUUGCCGAAAUAUAGGCGCGGUUCCGAAAAUGGCAACCGAGUUGUACGAAGAGUCGUUAUUUGUGCCAUAUAUUACGAAUUUCGUGAUAUAUUCGAAACGAAUGGAUGUGCUCGAAGCAACGUUGAGAAUAUUGUGUAUGACCGAUGGAAAGGAAGGAAUGCAUACCUUGGAAAGGCAAGAGGAAUUUGUCGAAAUUGUAAAAAGCCGCGAUGUCGAAGCGCUCGAUGGGAAAGAUCUUUAUAUCGAAUUCAGUGGGAAUUUAGUACCUGUGACGAAAUCGGGUGUACAAUUGAAAUUUACGUUCAAAGCGUUUCGUCAGAAUCGUUUAUCCUUUCACGUAAAAGUGAAAGAUCCGUUGUUAGAUCCGGUCGCCAGGAUGCUGUUUAUGCGAGAACCAAAAGUUGCGAAAGGGGAGCCACCCCAACAACCAAUUUGCGUAUUAAAUAUCGUUCUUCCAGAAAUAACAACCAAAGUGGAAGUGCAGAAGAAAUUGAAAGAUUACGAAGAUUCAAAUAUUAUCGAUCAAAAAUUGGAUUCUUACGAAUCGAAAUACAAGAUGGAACAAAAAGAAAAAGGCGACGAACCUAAAGAUACUUCGCCUUCCGAACAGAAAUUUAUUACCGACACCUUACAAAAAGAACGAACAGAUGCUGUUACUAUCCACGAAUUCCUUGCGCAAAAAGCGGCUUGUUCCUUAGAAUCUGUAGAUGCUAGUUAUCCCAGUAAAGUAGUCGGACAAGAGCAAGACUUGUCGCCCAGUGUCGAGAGACAAACCUAUUCAGAGAAGAGAAAAUUCUGGGAGGAUAUCUCGAGGAAACGAGAAAGUUAUCAACGAUCGGAGUCCGAAAUAUCGAGAACGUCGCAGUUAACGAUAAACGAAAGCGACAGUGAGUAUAUACAGAAUAUUACGACUGAGGACACGGCAGAUAUCGUCCAACAGAUGGACAAGUCUGAAACUUUGGAAGAUUUGAACGUACCUGAUAUUUCCGAGUGUUCGGUAGCGGAGAAGGCUCAGUAUUUCGAGGAACAGAUACAGAAAGAAACCACGAAAAUUCCACCCAAGUUGCUUCAGCAAGACUCGUUAAAGUCCGAGAAGGAGAAGCUAACGAAAACUAAGAUAAGCGAGAAAGAAAAGUUAGACAAAGAUGAGAAGUACGUGACUGAAUUGAAGCAAGUUACAAAGGUGGAAGAAAGGAGAGAAAUUGUUACCUUGCAAACGGAACAGCGGAAAGAGGUGGAAAGGAAGGAAACGAAAGAAACGAUGAAAUUGUCUUCUGAAGAUGAGAAAGAAAAAGACGAGAGUAAACCGACUUACGCGGAUGUAAGUGCUAAAAUGGAAUUAGCCGAAGCGAAACUCGACGAAACGACUGAAAAAGAAAGUAAACCCGAAAGAUCAAAGGAAGAUAUCGAGAAGAUGGAUGCCAUGCCUUCCACGCAACCUCUAGAAGCAAAGGAUAAGCAUAUAGAAAAAGCGGCGGAGCCAUCGACGCUGACCGAAGAGAAAUCGCUCGAUACGACGCAGAAGACGGAAGAAAGUGCCGCAAUGGUGGAAGAUCGAUUAGUCGAAUUAAAAGUUGAACGUGUUACGAAGCGGGAACAUGAAACGAUUGUUAUUACCGAAGUACCUGUGCAAGAUAUUGUAAAAGAUGUAAAGAUAGAAAAAGAAGAUAUAAAACAGUCAAUUAUGGAAUUAAGCGCGAAGGAAAUGAAGGAUAUAGAAGAGAAAUACAAGGAUGUGGUGGAAUCUGUGGAAGUAAGUGUGCCACAAGAAAGCGUAAAGGAAAAAGUAGAAGUGAAAGAGGAAGUGGAAGAACCGACGCAAGAACCAACCAAAUUAACGACAAAGGAAGAAGAUAUAAGAGAGAGGGUCGAAAUAGAUACAGAGGGAGAGAGGAUAAAAGAAAGUAUAGAAGAGGAACGGGAGGAAAAGCGUGAAAUUGUUAGCGAAGUAAUUUCGCAAGAAAGUGCUGAGCAAAGUCCAAAACGACCGAAACGAGGAGAGCGGGAGGAGGUGAUCGCGGAGGUAACUGUAAAGGAAGACAGCACGAAAGAAAAGGAAGUACACGAGGAAGAAGCGAUUGGAGAACGAGAGGAAGCUAUCGCAGAAGUAGCUGCAGAGAAAGAGAGUACAAAGGAGAAGGUGGAAUACAAAGAAGAAACAAUGGAAGAACGAAAGGUCGCGGAAGUAACUGCGAAGGAAGAGAGUACGAGAGAGAAGAAGGAAGAUAAACGAGAAGCGAUGGAGAAAGUUACCGUAGAAAUAGGUGGCGAGGAAAAGGUAAAGGAUAUCGAGGAGAAAGAAACGGAAGAAAAGAAAAUAACCGACACGCGAGAAGAAGAGGAGGAAUUGCGCGUGAUGAGAGAAGCUCCGGUGGAAAGAAAAUUACAACGCGAGGUAAUCACGGAAAGAGAGACGAAAAGGAAAGAGGUGCGAGACGAGGUCGUUAAACGCGUAGAAGAACAGGAAAAAGAAAGUGAAAAAGUUGUUACGGAUGUAAUCGUACGGGAAAGAGUUAAAACGCCGGAGAUAAAAGAGGAAGAUGUGGUUAAAGAAAAAUCGACCGGAAGACGUAUUAUAACGGAAGAAACUACUAUCAUCUACAAGGUACAGAAAGAUGGUACUCUGGUUCAAGAACAGGUAUUAAAAUCGGUUCAAGUAGAAGGAGGAAGCGAGGCUUUAGCUGCCGCGCUGGUUCAACUUCCCGAAAGUAAAAUCGAAACGAAAAGUGUCUACGAAGUGGAAUCUAUUGGCGAAGUUACGCCAGAAAUUACGUUUACGACCGAUAUUAGAAAAGAGAUGCAAAAAUUUCUGGAAGGGGAAAGAGCAACGGAAGUCGAACUCGAGGAUAAGAUCAAGAAGGAGAUAACGUCGAUGGAACGAGAAAAAUCGGAGAAAGUAUCUCCUGUUGCGGAAUCGGUCCGAGAGGUCGAAGACGGAAAAAUUAAAGAAAAAAGAGAGGAAUCGAGAAAAGAGGAGAAAGAAGAAAUUACGCUCGAUAAGAAGACGGUGACCGAGGUGGAAACGAAGCACGUUAGGAAAGAAUUCGAGUCGCGUAUUCCUGUCUCCACGGCGAAAAUAGACAAGGACAAGAUACAAAAGGAAACGAAACCGAAGAGUAUAACGGAACUAAAACAGCUUGCGAGUAAACUCGAAAGCGACAAGGAAUUAAGCACAGAGGAACAAGAAAUUUCGCCGACGACUAAAAAGAAAGAGUUCGAAUCUCGAAUUCCCAAACGCGUCAUAGACGUGAAGCCAACAUCGGAUAAAGCUGGAAAGAAGGAUACGCAUGUUAAAAAAGAAAGCGAGUCGUAUACGAUAACGGAAAAAAAAUCGAGCGAGGAGGUGACUUCGAAAUUGGAGGAGCAUCUAACUACAAAGAGCGAAACGCAAACGUUUUCCAAAUCUUUCACCGAUCCGCAAGAAGCUUUCAAAAUGUUCGAGGAUAUGGAAAGCGCAAAGGGCGAAUUUGCCACUGUCACUUCGAAGAUCGAUCAUAAAACUUCCACGAUGACGGAAAAGAAAGAAGUGGUGUCUUCGGAGAUUUCCAAUGGUAGGGACAAGGUAAUCACGCUGGAGGAGAAGGAACGCGUGGAGAGGAAGAAAUCGUCGGAGUCGCAAUUAAAAAAAGAAUCGCCAACCGAGACGUUGGAGGAGAAGAAAAGUAAACACGAGGAAUUAGAUAAAACCGCGAUUCAAAAGUUGUCGAUGAAUUUGACGGAUACGCAAGAAAUAAUAGACGCAGCUGCCUCCGAAUCCAGAACUCAAACGAAAAAGGAGGAGAUGUUCAAAAAGUUAUCCGACAAGGAGGGAGUUAUGACUCGUGAGGCGGGUAGUAGCCUGUUAAGGGAAAGCGAUGCCGACGUAGCCAUUCGGAUAAAGAAAGAUAUCGGUGAAAAAAGAGACGAGAAGGAUGAGGUGAAAACGGUGGAAGGGAAACCGGCGACGGAAAGGAUAUCCAAGCCAGUCGCAGACUCGGAUCACGUCGAAACGCUCGCACAAGGAGAAUCGCGUAAAGAGAGUAAAGAAAGUUUCGACGUUAUUCAAUUUGUCCCAAGCGAGAGGAAAACGGAGGAGAGAGACUCAUCGAAGGAAGAAGAAGCGAGCGAAGCAACGGAAGAACAAGCGACAACACCGAGAGAAAGUUUAGAGGAGAAGCAACGGUUAAAGUUUAAAGAGAUCGAGGCGCGUACCAUAGCGGAGACUUUGAUUCAAUCGAUCGAAAAGGAAAUCGAAGCAAAAUCGGCAGCUGAUUUGAAAGCAGAGCUACUUAGCAAAGGAUAUCUAGAGCAAAUUAUAAGCGAAAGCGUCGAAACGGAUCACGAAAAAUUGGCCGAUGAUUUGACACGCAAGUUCGAAAGUAUUAUGAGGAAAACGAUGGACAAGCAAGCGGCGCAAAUGAAAAUCGAUCAAAGUUUAAUGGAAUCACCGAGACCGAGGUCGUCGAUACAGGAAGAAUCUCUGGACAAAAGUUCCACGAGAGACAGUAUAAGCGUGAGCGAAGAUAUAACUAAAGACGAAGAAUCGUCUCCGCAGGAAAAAGAAGAAAGUUUUCCUCUUUCGUCGUUUCAGGCUAAACUGCAAGAUAGGGACAUUACCAUGAGCCCUAGCAGUAUAUCGGAGCAAAUAGAUUUCGAAGAAACGAUCGACGUCGAUACGAACGAAUUGGAAAGCGUGUCGAAACCAACCUCGAGUCCACAAUCUGAGAAACAACGAUUCACCAAGUCGAGCAGUCAAGUGGAAUUACAAAGAGAUUUGCAGAGUGACGUUAGUUUGCCUCAGGAUAAGAUCGUAUCGGAAAUUUCGGGUGCCAGAGUUUUGGAAAUUCUCGAACCUGGCGUAGACAGUCAAUCCAGAGAAGAUUCCGUUGACGUGCCUUCUUUAGAAAUGGACGAGCAUAAAAUAUCGGAGCAGACAAGCAGGGGAAUUCCGUCGUUGCACGAGAGUGCCGAAAUGGAUUCGUUCGAUAAGAUGGAUCAAGAACGGGAUAUAACGAUAAGUCCUAGUACCGUAUCCGAGGAUACCAAUAUAGAUUAUUCCUUGGUACAGGAGUCUUCUCAGCCUAUCCCGAUGCAGAAAGAUCUGCCGACGAUAAGUACUAGAAGAGCGGACAGCUUCGAAAUCGAAAGUCCUCCGUUGGUCUCCCCGAAACCGAAAGUUCGCGGGCUUGAAAUUAAACCUGUCGAUUGGAUGAUCGGUGACGAGAAAAUCGAAAUAUCAGAAACGCUACAACCGUCUCAGAUCUUCAACCAGGAGUUGGAAGCUUACGAAUCGAUGAAGAAAAAGGAACGAUUAUCUUCGUUGGAUGGAUCGACGGAUCACGAACAAGAAUCCGGUACUAAAUCUUCGGAAGAGAUUAGCGUGAUAGAAUCGACGAAAGAGGCGGUCGCGGACAGUGGUCGCGAUAAAAGUACGACUUCUUCGGUCGAUGAAACGAAAUUAACGGUGAUUCCUGUCAGCGAGCAAGAUUUUGAAAGCGAACUGGUGGAAAACAAAUUGGACGUUAGUUGUCAGGAGUUGGUAGACACGUUACAACGAGAAUACGACGCGAAGACGCCUAUCAAAGAAUAUAUCGAGAGUAUUCAACGAGAAAUAUCUAGCGAACGGAUCGUGGAAGCGGAAGAGCGAGAGGUUUUACGAGUAGACGAGUCCGCUUCGAAAGAACGUACCGAGGUUCUAACCGCAACCACGACAGAGAAAUCUUUGGAGGAAGAAACUCGAGAGGAAAGGACUAAGGAAGACGCGUCUUCGGUUACCGAAACUUCUAAACGCGAGGAAAUCCUUUCAAAGUCAGGAAUUGAACUGAAAUUGGAAAAAACAACGACGAGAUCGUUAAAGGAGAGCGAGAAACCCGCGGAAGAAGUAUCGCAAGAAACAACAGACUCUGAGAAACCGGUACGCGUGGAUGACGUAUUAAAGGAAUGGACGGAAGCUUAUUUGUCGAAGAUGAAACCCUUAGGCGACGACUAUAAAAGGCAUAUGGAGAAAGCUACGGAGAAACACGAUAAGCCUGGAAGAUCCACGACAGUUCCUUCCGACACUUGUGCCUUUAAAAUAAAAAAAGACGAUCUCUCUAGCGUCGAUUUAAGCGCACGAUACGCUAUAACCGUUCUAGAUCAGGUAGUUAAAAAAGAAAUAGCCGAAGUGAAAGAAUCAUUAGAAGCAGCGAAACAAGACCUGAUAGAGGAAUUAAGCGAAAAUAGCGAAACUGUGAUUCAAAUUAAAGAUUCCCCUUCAGAGUUCCGAUUUAAAUUACAACCCGAAUCCAUUCCGAACGAUUUACCAUUUUUAUACACACCGUCGUUCCCUGAACAACAACCGCACGAAUCAGAUACCGAAGCUGUAAAGAGCGAAUCUCCUAUCGAUAAGUCGAUGCCGUACGAAACAAAAGAUAGUACAGAAAGUAAAAUGGAAUUAGAAGAAUCUACUUCUAGUAGUAUCGAAGAACCGAUACAUCUACAAGGAGACACACCUGUGAUUAAAACCGAAAAGUCUGACAUAGAGACUGCUGCGAUAACCGUCCACGAAGAUACGAAAGACGACGAAGAAGAACAUCCUAGCCCUGUACCAGCUAGCAGGUCAGGCUCAGACAUAGACAAUAAAGACGAAAGUUCUUCUUUGGCUUUGCCACGGCCGGUACUCAGAAGACGACAGAAACCCGGUAGAAGUUCUAAACGCGUCGCGUCUGACAGCGACGCGGAUCUUGGUUCUAGUUCCGGCGAGAGUAGUAAUUACCAAUCUUGCGAUUACGAGAUCGGUAGUGGCAGCCGACCUAGUUCUUCCGACGUAGAGGCUUUGCAAUCCUGUGGCGUACCUUCUGCGACGGCUUCGGAAUACGAAACUGCGAUGAUGUCUAUCGAGCAUUCUUCCUCUUCGAAACCAACCUCUCAGGAGUACCAUACCGCAGCCACGACGAUGAGCUCGCGCGAGUCUAUGAAAUCUCUGACGUCUUUAAGUUCGGGUCACCUUGGCAGCAUCGACAGUACCAGUGAAUUGUCGGAAACGUUGGUGCCUUCUGAAACUGAUGCGGAGAAAGAAGAAGCGGAAGAACGUCUCGAUGGUGCUCUGGAAGAAGAACACACCGAACAGUCGGAUUCUUCGGGCAGCGAUAUACCGAUCGACGAACCGAUAGACAACAUCUACAGCAGUAUACCUUGCCGUAUGAAGCGAUCUUCCGAAAUGAUUUUCCCACAGGUGCUCGAUAACGCUGCUCUCGAGGUCGAAUCCACGGAGGAACCGACGACGAAAGACGCCAAGGGAAUUGAUUUCGCUACGUCUACCUUGACCACGACACCCGGUACUCUUCAAUCUGUAGAUAUAAUGACAUCGCGGGUUUCCGAAGACGGUGUACAGAGUGUAUGCACUCAAGUGAUUUCGACUCAAACCACGUCCGAGACCGAAUCGUCCUUCGAAAAGGUGGAGAGCGAAACUCUUGACGCGAGAACAGUCGAAAAGGACACGGAGGAAGUAACGUUGGACGUGCCGACGACGACAGAGACCGAGCUCCUAGAACAAAAAUACGUUGCGGCAGCAGUAUCCAGCGAAAGUCCUGAAAUGUCCAUGCAGACGUCUACGCCAUCGAUAAUACAGCAGACAAGUAUGUCGACGUCCUCGACAUCGGGCGUUUCGAUCGAUACGGUCGUAGGAAAGGAGAAAUCAGACCGUCAUUCGCCGGAUAGCGAUUCCUUCGAGAUGGUCGACAAGCCUGAUAUCAUCGAUGACUUUGUAGUUAUAGAAGAAGUCGGCAAAGAGGCCGAAGAGUACGAUUCCGAAGGUAAAAGUAUACGUAUUAGUUCCAUACCGCAAGCGAGUAGCAAACAGUACGAUCGGGAUCUUGAAAACCUUAUAACCGAAAACAAGCAGGAUUCGCAAGUGUCGACCAGUCAAACAUCGAAAAAUAACGAAUUAUUCGAUUUCGAGUCGGAAGAAAGUCCACCGCAAGUUUCGAACGACGAUCAGUAUUCGCAGUCGUAUUCGGACGAAGAGCAAUACGAAGGAGGGAAGAAAUGGAUAGAAAUGCAAUUUCAUGCUGAUCCUCGAGUCUACGAUAUCGAAUACGAUCGAGGCCCUCUAGAAGAUAUCAAAGAGGAGGAAAUUACCGACUUUGAAGCUGGCAGUAGUAGAUUUGGAAGCUUAGGUAGCCACAAAGAGUCGAUAGGAAGCGUGGGUAGUAUGCGCGGUAGCUUUGGAAGUACCCCCGAUUACGACGUCUUAACGGGUAAAAAGUAUUUCACUAGACCAUCCGAUCACGACAACGUAUCGUUGAGCUCGUUGCAAGAAUUCGAACACUUGGAGAGCGCGGUCGCUGCUGAAAAUUCUAAAAGAUUGCAAUGCGGUUCGCACGAUUCCGUUAACAACGGUAGUCUUCCAAGAAGGUACAUGACCAGCCGAUCCGGUCACGGUGACGAUAUUUCACUGUCCUCGUUGAAGGAUUUCGAGGGAUUGGAAAAAGCGUGCAGGGAAGCGCACUUGAUCGAAUUGCGCGCCAGAGAGGAAGAGGACUUGCUGGAACACGAAAGCCCCGAGAACAAGUACAAAUUAGAAAGUCUACCGCGAACGAGGAUCGAUACGAGUACAGCUGGCUCGUUCAACGCAAGCACGUCGGGAUCGGAUGAUUACGAGAAGAGAAUAAAAGAGAUCGACGAAAUCAUACGAAUAGCUCAGUCGAACGUGGAAAAAUUCGAUCGGCAGGAUGACACGACGGAGGACAUUUCGCAAAUCGAAAUUACGGACGUUGAGAAAAUGGGAACUCAAGCUGGUGCGCAAUCUAUCUCGAAGCCAGAGGAACCGGAAACCGUACUACCUCUGCAAAGGGAGAGCAACGUUAUGGAAACGAGUACGGAUUCUCUCGAGCUGGAAGAUAAUAUGGAUAAAAAGCAUCACCCGUUAUGUCGAAGCUCCGAUUCGUUAGAAAUGAAAACCACGCUAGACUUUCCUUCGUUAAGUUCUGACUCGUUGAAUAACGUGCGAGAUGCAAAGGAAACGCAGUCGGAUGUAGCGGAACAUGCGAGCAACGUUAGGCGUAUUUCUUCGGAUUCUCUGGAUAUGCCUCUGUUGGAACCACAAGAUGCUGAAAGUCGUGAGAGGCCAGGCAACGAAGAUGAUCAUUCGGAUGGCGUGACGUCGGACAAUUCUCUAGAGCAAAGGUCAGAAACGGUGGACACCGAUAAAAGUGAUAAAAUGAGGACAACACCAAGCACUAAUACAUAGGAAUAUUUUCGUAGAUAGUGGACCAUCAAAGUGAAUUUGUUACAACAUUGGUUCUUAAGGCUACAACGAUGUAUUAUCGAGCCAGUUCAAAUGCUUUACGUAUACAGCAUAAUAUGAAAAAUGAUGUACUAAAGAAAUACUUGCGCGCUGUGCAUAUGCAAGAUAUUAAUGCAUUUACCUUUAUUUUAUGCCAUGUUUUAUAAGAAUACGUAACUUGUUUUACGAUGCUUAAGUCGAAUAGUUAUGAUCUUUAAAAUAUAGGAUUGUUAUGAAAAUGAGAUAGGAAUACGAAUGACGCUUACUUAUUUCAUAUUAAAUCCGUACUAGAACGUAAUUGCUUUCGAUUUACUUGUUUAAAUAAUUACCAAUAUCUUGCUUCGUUGUUCACGUUUGUUUGUAGUAAUUAAGUUUCUAUUGCAAAAUUGUACUUUUAAAUGUUAUUCAUAUUGUCCUACUUGUACGAUAAUACUAUUUACAUAAAAUGUCAUGUUUUGUAAAUUUUCGAUUAUAACGUGUCUUUGUGACUACGCUUUCUUAAGGUGUUGACAGUUACGAACACUUUAUAUCGCAUACUGAUUUUCAGAAACGUUUACGAGCUCUAAUACUCGUUAAUCUUAAUUGCAAGUGUUCACGAAAGAACAAAUAUAUUAAUUAAAUAGAAAAUUUUAUAUACGAACCGUAAUAUUUAAGGUUUUAGGAGAAAACUAUCAAGAGAAUGCAUUCUAUACGUAAUAUAUGAUGCAUAUGUGCAAAUGUUGUAGACAUUUUUUGUAUGCGAAAUUUUAAACAAUUACGAAAUUUUGCUUUCGUCUAUUUGCUGACGAUAAAUUUGAUGUAUUUUAUCGGUCAUGCGAAUUUUAUGUUACGACAAAAUUUUAACGAUGUCUUUCAUUUGUCUUCAUAAUCUGUUUCUUUCUUCAUCGAUGAAAAUAUAAAUCUAUAUGAACCAAAUAAUAUCAUCAUUUAUUGAAACCCCAAUAUUCAUCGCAAUUGAUAGUUGCUUGGAUAACAUACUUGAUAGAACUUCAAUUAUAAUAGAGCAAUAACAUUGUCUAUACGUAAGCUAAUUAAUAAACGCAAGAUCAUACACGCAAAUAACAAAAUAUUGUAAAAUAAAAUGAAGAAAACAAUGAAGAAAUACAAAAUACAUUCAACAUUCA